AACUAAUUUCUUCAGUUUUUUUUUUUUCAUAUUGUGUAAAAUAACAAAAAAUAAUAUUAAUCAUUAACAAAUUAUGAUGUACAGAUUAAUAUUGUUUGUAGUUUUCUAUAAUGUUUUUUGUACCACCAAUGCAGAUGUUGAAAUGAACGUUCAUCGCAUACCGUUAGUCAGACGAAAAUCACCGUUGGAGAUGUUAAUUAAGGAUCCACAUUACACGAAGAAAUUAAAUAUUCAAAAAACUCAUCCAACAAAUGAGAAUAUCACUCUAUUCAAAUAUUUGGACAUGGGCCAUUUAAAUGUUAGUAAUUUAAUAUUUGCUGGUAUCAGUGAGAUACCGAACUAUACACAAUAUCAAAUGAUGCACGCCGAUGGAAUUAUUGGUUUAGGAUAUAAUACCAUGGCUAGAACGACAAACCAAACAUUUUUUUAUAAGUUGCUGGAUGAUAAAAAAAUUUUGAAACCAAUUUUCUCAGUAUACAUGAAUCGGGAUGAAACCACAAACAAAGGAGGAGUAAUAUUUCUUGGUGGAAUCGAACCGAAACACAUCAAUGGUGAAAUAACCUAUGUACCUGUAACAAUAAAAAAAUAUUGGCAAAUUGAAAUGAAUCAGUAA